AUGGCAGAAUUGAGUGAGUGCGGCCGCCAUUAUGGCCCUCCGUUGCGUGUCCGCGGCACGUUGUCGUUUGCGGUCUCGAAAAGUGGCCCAACGGCGAUGCGGCGUGUGCGGGAGCAGCAGGACGAGAAGUAUUUUGCGCCACUUGUCGUUUAUUCCUCCGCUCCCGCGCGUGGCGCUCCCGCGCGUGGCGCUUCCGCGCUGGUGCCGCUCAGCGUGCCGUUGCCGCCCAGCCUGCAGCUCCUUACACUGCAAUUACUUAACAAACGGCAGCUGCUCCUGCGCCUUGGGCACCGCUACGCUGUGGACGAGGACCCUGAGCGCUCGUUGCCUGUCGAGGUGGAUCUGCCGGGGCUCCUUAGCGGCCUCCCGUGGGUGACUGUCUUGCGCGUCAAUGAGGUUUCCCUGACAGCUGCGGAAUUGUUGCAGCCUCGUGUCCACAAAGUGACGAUACGGCCGAUGGAUAUCCGCACCUUUAUCUACCACAUACGGUUGUACUGA